CAUGGGCUGAAGGCAAAUCGGUCAUGUACCACAGUCAAAUACGAUACUUAUUUUGAUCAGAAGCUAUAGACAGAGAACGUAGAACAGUAGAAAGCCACAGUGGGAAGGUGCAGCCACUUUACAGUCCCUGAAACAAGGCACUGUUUAUUACAACCCUGGAGUCUUAUCACAAGAAUCAAGAAAGUCCUGGAUACUCCACAAUGUGUGAGGUGUUAAUUGUUCAUACCAGUGAGGCCAGCGAAUGGGCCGAGUAUCUACAGCAAAUCUUGGCCACAUCAUGUAACUUUCUGGAGGGCUCCGUCAUUCUGUGUGAUGUGAAUGAACAGAUUUGGCUGAAAAAUCACGAGCUGUUUGGCUCCAGCAAGUGCAUCAUACUUUUGCUCACUACUGCGUUCUUGGACAUGCAGCAUGAACCAGACGUGCAGGACACUUUCCGGGAUCUUCUUCAGCCUCCUCACAAAGUUGUUGCCUUUUUGUGUGGUAUAUCAGAAAGGCAGGUGUCAGCGGACUAUUUUGAACACUGGGAACAUUGGAGAAAGCUCAAUUCAGAAGAUGAACCAUCAGUAUAUGUGUCUGCUGUCCUCGAGUGCAUUGAUGAUGGAUCCGUUAAUGAACAUCAUUGCCAGAAUCCAUAUGAAAUUGAACUUGAAGAACGCAUGGAUGAGUUCACAAUAUCUGAAAUUCCUGAGACUGUAACUUUACCCGAUGAGACGGAACAGCAUCAGAUGAACGGGGGUGAUGUUUGUCCCUUUGAGCAGACAUGUUCAAAUGCCACUGAGCCACAAGAUGACCAAACCUGCCUCACCAUCCAACCAGACAGAAUACUAUGUGGGAAUCGUGUGAAUAUUUAUAUAAUCAUGGUGAAGAAAUUUGUGGAUGAGGGCAGCCUGGAGGUGGAGUUUCACUCUCAGCACUCGACACCGCAGCGGAUGCCUGGGACUCUUGUAAACGAGUGUAUUGUUACUGUACAGUCACCUGAAAUGCCAGCUGGGAAAGUCUCAUUGACUCUUUAUAAUAAUGAGUCUGUGGUCUGUUCAACAACAGUAACAUAUUUCACAGAAAUGGAGGAAAUUUGCAGGUAUCUAGAGAAAGCAACGGAUCCAAUGCAGUUCAUGUGUCAGGCAUUUGACAUCACAUCAGAGGUGCCCGAGUCACUGGAUAAUUUGCUUGCGGACUCUCUGGAAGAACACAUGCCUCUAAAUGGAUUACAAGUAUUUGGAAUUAGUCAAAUUGCAGAUAACACAGAUGCAAAUCACCGUGAUGUGGAACUCCCAACACUGCUUCACUUCUCGGCCAAAUAUGGCUUAAAAAAAUUAACGUCUUUGUUAAUGCGGUGCCCCGGAGCCAUGCAGGCCUACAGUGUGAUGAACAAAGAUGGGGAUUAUCCUAACAAACUGGCCGAGAAGAGUGGCUUCUCUGAUUUAAGACAGUUCAUGGAUGAAUAUGUUGAGACGGUAGAUUUAGUGAAGAUCCACAUGGAGGAAUCUCAGAACAACCCUGGCAAUGAAGAUAUCUAUGAGGAUAUGUUGACAGCUUCCCAAAAUUUCAUCACAAAUUUCGACAAUGAGGACAUUUACGAGUCUAUGAUGAAACUAAAUCCUGAAAUAGAUGAUGACUUGGAAAGUGAUUUGGAGGUCUCUAGCACGGAGACAAUGCUGAGAAAGUUUUUUGAAGCACAACCUGACAAGCGUUUACAACCCUUGCAACAUGAUUCAACCAAUGGUGGAUUCCCUGACAUGGAUGAUGAAGACUAUCAUGACAUGGGCAUUAAUGCGGAAAUCUAUGGUGAUGUAGAAGAGGAGGACCCGUAUAACCCGUGCUGCCCUGAGCAAAUUUAUGACACAGUAGAGGAACAUUCCAGCCCUGAAGUGAUCAACCGCCCACCUGCACCGAUUCCACGACCAGCCAACCUGCCAGAGCCUGAAGAGAACACAACCUACAUUUCCAAAGUGUUUUGUCUCAAGGAACCUGUAUACUCACUCAGCCAACGGCCAGAAAGGGAUUCCUCUUUAGCACCUGUACGGCUGGUGAGAGACAGAAACAUGAGCAGUCACCAUGACCCCUUUGCAGGCAUGAAGACACCUGGACAGAGGCAGCUCAUCUCUCUGCAGGAGAGGGUGAAGGUGGGAGAGCUGACUGUGGAAGAGGCAGUGCAGGAGUUCAAGGCUUGGCAGUUUGAUCAAGAUAAAAGAUGGCGCUCUCUCCGCUUUCAGCAAGAAAAUUUACAGAGAUUAAGAGACAGCAUCACCCGACGCUGUAGAGGCAAAGGGAAUGCUGAGCUUAUGAUUACAGCACCAAUGCAAACAAACGUUCAGUGGGGUUCUCAAAUGAACGUGAAUUGCUCAGUGUACGAACCCACACCUCGUUCGAUUGCCCAACCCCCUCCUGUUAGUAGACCGCUGCAGAGAGGAAGCUGGCAGACAGGAAGCACCUCCAGCACUUCUAGUAGUAGCAGUCACAGAUUGAGCAUUCAGAGCACUGUCAGCAACAGCAGUGGGAUGGAUGGUGAAUGUGAGGAGCCUCCGGACAUUCCGCUUCCUCCACGGCCUCUCCGGCCUGUAGUGAACACUCCACCAGUACUCCCUCCACCCCGGAUCCCACCACGUGUAACGGAGAGGAAUUCAGAGGUACUAAAUGAGCGAUAUGUAGCGAGUCCAUCCCGUCCUGUUUCUCAGGCGCAAAGGCCCAUUCCACCUCCACCUAUACCGAGACGGACAUGGUGAUGGUCUGCUUCAACGUGGCUGGCUUUCAUUCUGUUUGACUGUGCACUUUUCUUGUUGAGCCUUUGAGAUCUAUAAAUCUCUUCAAGAUGGAGCAAAAGAUAUUGGCUGUGUCUGAAACGGAAGACAGCUGCUAAGCAGUCCUGUCAGUCAGUGAUCUUACAGAGGUUUGUAUGAAGGCAUCUCUUAAGGAAGAUGGUUUGCCAUUUAGCCUAUAUUAUUUUUACCAACUUCUAAAUCUGCACAGAAUUGUGCAGCAUAUGCUGCAGAAAUAAAUCUAUGCUCAAACUAUCCAGGUAGCACACUGAAUAAUAUCUAAACAUCAGAUUCAGAAGUCUUGAAGCUAUCUUACCUUUCAUUUACUGCCUGUGAAUACAGUAAUUUUAAGUUCCUGUCACAGCUAAUGGAUCAGUAAUCCUGCAUUCUUUGCAUUUGAAUUGAUCUAGACUCAACUUGCUGUGCAAUCUAUCACCUUAAUUUAUAGGUUUUUAAUAUAAAAUCUUCAGCUGAAGAUAUGAAAUGUUAGAAGGGUCUUCUGAGUGCCAUUAGUUAUAGCAAAUAACAAGCUCAAGAACUUCCCUACUUUUUUAAUUAGAACUUUUUUUUCUAUUUAAAACUGCAAUAUAGUUUGUGUUGGCUGUGAUCCGUGCACAUGAGAUUUAAAGUAGCAUAUUUUUCUGUAUUUUCAAAAUAUUUAUUCACUUUUCACUGCUGGCUAUAAUGUAUAUCACCCAAAGAGAAGCAGAAAAAUGGAAACAGUGUAUUUAAGUGUGAAUGCACAGUGUGAAGAAGGCAGAGAUGUGUUUUGUAUAUGUGUGUUUAUAUGUGUGACAAUAUUGAUUAAAGUCGCAAUGAAACGGAA